AUGGCUCAUUUGGAUGAAGCAGCCCGCCAGCUGUCCAAAAGUGGGACAACCCUCUAUGCCGUGCUGGAGCUUAAGAAAGGUGCCUCACCUGAAGACAUCAAAAAGGCUUACAGUUUCCAACCAUCCUCCCCUCACCCUCCUUUUGGGUAUUGCCUGGGCAGGAAACUGGCCUUAAAGUAUCAUCCAGACAAGAAUCCAGGGGAUGCUCAAGCAGCAGAAAUAUUCAAAGAGAUCAACACAGCCCACUCCAUACUGAGUGACCCUAAGAAGCGGAAAAUCUAUGACCGGCAUGGCUCGUUGGGAAUAUACAUAUACGAUCACUUUGGUGAAGAAGGUGUCACAUACUAUUUUACGAUGAAUAGUUGCUGGUUCAAGACACUGGUCCUCCUGUGUGCCCUGCUCACCUGCUGCUGUUGCUGCUGCUGCUGCUGCUUUUGCUGUGGAAUGCUUAAGCCGCCAUCUGAGGAGGUUGCCAGAAGAUACCAGCAGAAUGUCCAGAAUCAGCCUCCGAGGGCAGGAAACAAAAGAAACUUUAGAAGAGGUCAAGAUGAUAAUGAAGAUGAUUUCUAA